UCACCAAUAAUCAUCUUCUCUGUAAGGCCCUUUACAUAUACACCGAAGCUAGAAAAACCUCCACGUAAAUCACUUCCAUACUUUGCAACCUCUUUAUUUUUAAUUAGUUGGGGGUUUUCAAAUCCUAGGACGUAGCCUAAUUGUGUUGAUAAUGAUAUGUAAUCAAUAUUUGGAUGAUCAAUUUUUAGAAAAAAUUUAGCAAAAUCAGUAUUGUAUUCAAACGUAAUAGAGUUGAUCAUAUUUUUUAAAAGUGUCAAAUUACCGCUAAGUCGAACACCUCCCCUCCAUAAUGAAAAUUUAUUAGUGUCAACAUUAUCCGUAUUUUUUUCUUCAUUAUCUUGGAUUGUAAUCUCGUUGUUAUUAUCUUUUAUUAGAGUUUUAUUAUUAGUAUCUCGAACAUCCGCUAAUCCUAAAGCUACUAGAGGAGUUACAAUAUAUUUUGAAUUUGUCUCCUUUACAGUCUGAGAGUUGGAAGAUUGAAUAGUAUUAUUUUGUGUCUCCAAUUGUGGUACCUCUGAUUUCUUUUGCCUAUCCUUCAAUGGUUGAGUAUUUGAUAUCUUUAUAUCAUUUGUCUUAUCUUUUUCUCCAACGAGUGCAUUUUCCUUUAUGUCUACCUUAUUUUUCUCUGACUUUGGUUGAUCAUUUGGUGGUGAUAUUUUUGGAGGUGAUUUUGGUACAGUAUUUGUUUUGGGUUUUGUCUCUAUUAAAUUAUCAACCUUUGAAGAUUUCCCUUUUUCUCUUUCGUGUUCUUUUCCCUUUACAUCUUUAACUUUAUUUUUAUCUAGCUUUGAUUGAUCAAUUUGUGGUGAUAUUUUUGGAGGCGAUUUUGGUAUAGUAUUUAUUUUAGAUUCUGUCUCUGUUAAAUUAUCGACUCUUGAAGAUUUCCCUUUUUCUCUUUCAGGUUCUUUUUCCUUUAUAUCAAUAACCUUAUUUUUCUCAAUCUUUGAUUGAUCAUUUGCUGGUGGUGAUAUUUUUGGAGGUGAUUUUGGUACUGUAUUUAUUUUUGAUUGUGACUUUGGCAAAUUAUUGAUCCUUGGAGGUGAUUUAUGUAAUGUAUUCCCUUUUGGUUGUGACUCUGGUAAAUUACCGGCCCUUGGAGGCGACACGAGAUCACGCUUCCAUCUUCCAUCUAUCCUUGGAGGUGAGAUUGGUGGCGAUGUUUUUGGAGGUGAUGGUAGAUUAUUGUCACCUGGAGGUGUUUCGAGAUCUCGUUUCCUUUUUCUAUCCAGCCUUGGAGGAGAGACUACAGAUUUGCU